CGGGGUGGGCUCUGCGCCGGAAGUGGCUCGCAGAUAGUAAAUAAGGCCCGACAGGGUGGAGAGAGGUGCUGUCUCCAUCUUGUUGCCGUCGGCUCCGUGUCCGUCGGCGCCGCGGAGAUGGGGAACGUCCUGGGGCUGUGCUCCGUGGCGAGCUGGAUACCAUGUUUAUGUGGCAGUGCCCCAUGUUUGCUAUGUCGAUGCUGUCCAAGUGGAAACAACUCUACUGUGACUAGAUUGAUCUAUGCACUUUUCCUGCUUGUUGGAGUAUGUGUAGCUUGUGUAAUGUUAAUACCAGGAAUGGAAGAACAGCUGAAUAAGAUUCCUGGAUUUUGUGAAAAUGAAAAAGGCAUCGUUCCGUGUAAUAUUCUGGUUGGCUAUAAAGCUGUAUACCGUCUGUGCUUUGGCUUGGCUAUGUUCUAUCUUCUCCUUUCUCUGCUAAUGAUCAAAGUGAAGAGCAGCAGUGAUCCAAGAGCUGCAGUGCAUAAUGGAUUUUGGUUCUUUAAAUUUGCCACAGCAAUUGCGAUUAUUAUUGGGGCUUUCUUCAUUCCAGAAGGAACUUUUACAACUGUGUGGUUUUAUGUAGGCAUGGCAGGUGCCUUUUGCUUCAUCCUCAUACAGCUAGUCUUACUUAUUGAUUUUGCCCAUUCAUGGAAUGAAUCGUGGGUUGAAAAAAUGGAAGAAGGGAACUCAAGAUGCUGGUAUGCAGCAUUGUUAUCAGCUACAGCUCUGAAUUACCUGCUGUCUUUAGUUGCUAUUGUCCUAUUCUUCAUUUACUAUACUCAUCCAGCCAGUUGUUCAGAAAAUAAAGCAUUCAUCAGUGUCAACAUGCUCCUAUGCCUUGGUGCUUCUGUAAUGUCUAUACUGCCAAAAAUCCAAGAAUCACAACCCAGGUCUGGUUUGUUACAGUCCUCAGUAAUCACAGUCUACACAAUGUACUUGACAUGGUCUGCUAUGACCAAUGAACCAGAAACUAAUUGCAACCCAAGUCUACUAAGCAUAAUUGGGUACAAUACAACAAGCACUAUCCCAAAGGAGGGGCAGUCCGUCCAGUGGUGGCAUGCUCAAGGAAUUAUAGGACUGAUCCUCUUUUUAUUGUGUGUGUUUUAUUCAAGCAUCCGCACUUCAAACAACAGUCAGGUUAAUAAAUUGACUCUAACCAGUGAUGAAUCAACAUUAAUAGAAGAUGGUGGAGCCAGAAGUGAUGGGUCACUGGAGGAUGGAGAUGAUGUUCACCGAGCUGUAGAUAAUGAAAGGGAUGGUGUUACUUAUAGUUACUCCUUCUUUCACUUCAUGCUUUUCUUGGCUUCACUUUAUAUCAUGAUGACCCUUACCAACUGGUACAGGUAUGAGCCUUCUCGUGAGAUGAAAAGUCAGUGGACAGCAGUCUGGGUGAAAAUCUCUUCUAGUUGGAUCGGCAUUGUGUUAUAUGUUUGGACACUAGUGGCACCACUUGUCCUUACAAAUCGUGAUUUUGAUUGAGAACAGGACUUCUGGCAUGAAAGUCCCACUUUGAUCAUUGCUUGUUUGAGAUUAACAGUAUUCCCAACUUUUGUAAAGUUGUGUAUGUGUGCUUCCCAUGUAACUUCUCCAGUGUUCUGGCAUGAACUAGAUUUUAUCGCUUGCCAUUUUAUUCAUUGUAUUCUUGCCAAGCACAUUGAUACGUGUGUUAGAAUGAAUUACAAAAGGAGAGAUUUAGUAAGAGUCUGGUGGUGACUUAGGAAAAAUGGACAUUGUUAGGUUUAUCCUUAGCUCUGUGCCUAUGAAACUGAGUAAAAACAAAACUGCUUGACAGUUUGACUUUUAAAUUGUGCUAGUACCUAAGCUGUUUUAGAAAGUAUAAAAGGAAAUGUAUAGCUGCCUUUUGAAAUAUUUGAUGCCUUGCCCUACAAGAGAUGGCAAAGUACAUGGCUGUUGUAGAAUGUAUAAACAAGUUGCUCAUAUGCCAGUCUGAAAAAUCUUUUCAGGUUUUUCCCUUGAUGUGAAGAUAAGGAAGUUGUAUAGGUAGGCAGUGUUUGAUGGACAACAGUGUAAAUUAUGGGAAUUGAGACACAGGCUUCACAGAAAGAUCAUGAUAGUGGGUUAAAGUUAGAUCAUAAAUCAUAAUCUUCCCUGGGUAGGCAUGGCCUUUCACAGCAACAUACCAACUUUGUUUUUGGUCACUUAAACACAUGCAAAAAUAUAGGUUCAGUGGAGAUGUUAGGAACUUUGAAGGAUUUAGACCAAGCUUUUGAAAAAGAUAAUCAUGGGUUAGAAGUCAGUUGUUGAAAAUCGCUUUGAAAGUUCAUUUUGAAAAUCAAAGGUGGUAAACUUUUGACAGGACAGGACAGAACUGCAAUAUACCAAGCCUCAGGAGAUACUUAGAUAAAAUCUUAUCCAGUCCUUCAUUUUAAAAAUGAAGGUACUGAAGCUCAAGAAGCUCAGAUAGUUAAUCAGUGGCCAAGCUGGGAAAUCCCAAAUUUUCCCAAAGUAGCUGGCAUUUUUUUUGGCAUUCAAUAGAUUUUACACCUUAUUAGUGGUGGAUAAUUUGUUAGGUGAUUUGCUGGUGUCCAGCUUGGCAUCUACCCAUAAACUGAGGCCAGGAGAAUGAUGGAUGGAAUGCUACAGAAUAUAAACUGCUUAUAGUACAUUAUACAGUUGAGAUGAUGUUUAAAAUGCUUUUGUCUUUGCUGCCAUCUAAUUGAAAUAUAUAGUUUAAUUAUAGUCUUACAAUCUGAAAAAUCAAUCAGUAUGACAAUUAACUUAGAAACUUAGUUACUUGUACAUGUUAUUAGUGUCUUAAUGGAUCUUAAAAUCUACAUUUGCUUCUUUUAAGGGUAUUUAUUAAUGUAAAUGAAAUAUAUAACAACUCACCAUAAUUCCCCAACUUUAUUCUCUGUGUGUUGAUAUUGUAUUCCAUCAUUUUGAAUGGCUGUGUUCUAUCUCUAAAUAAAUGAAUUCAGAGAAA